AUGUCGGCGAAACCAAUUCCUUCAGAGUGCCCAAUGCGUAAACACAAUUCUACCUCAGACACUUCAAUAGAACAGUCUGCUAUACACGACAAUAAAACUACUACCACCACUACGACCCUUAACUCCUGUCAAAAUAGCUGUCAGCGUCAUUCAGGUGACGCAUUAUCGCCCGACAACCAAAUCCCAAAACUAACUCAAGAGCCAGCGCCAGGUCAAACCAUUCCAUUACCAACCUCACGUGUAAUUUCCUCAAUUCCAAAAGCAAAAAGUAAAGAAUACUGGGAAUACCCGUCACCUCAACAGUUUUAUAAUGCACUUGUGAGAAAAGGGUGGCAAACGCCCGAGGAAAGUAUUGAAACCAUGGUGGACAUCCAUAACUUUUUGAACGAGGAAGCAUGGAAUGAAGUAUUGAAAUGGGAGAGAAUGAAAAAAUGUGAUUGUGAUGGUCCAAAGUUAUUACGAUUUCGUGGUCGACCGCAGGAAUUAAGUCCCAAAGCAAGAAUUAUACAAUGGGCAGGAAAGAUUUUUCCUUCUCUCGGUACACCACCGCCAUUUGAUAGGCACGACUGGACGAUUGAUCGAUGUGGCAAGGAAGUUCGAUACGUGAUAGAUUAUUAUGCAGGUCCCGAUGAAGGAGAUACUCCGAUAUUUUAUUUGGAUGUACGACCAGCAUUAGAUUCUGUUGAAAGUUUAGUGGAUCGUAUUAGAUUAGCAACUAGAGAAACAUUUGAACAAUUCAGGGCGAGAGCUCAAAUUGGUAAAACAGAAGAAUGA